UGGUGAGAUGCAGGCAGGGUUUGUUUGUUCUCAGCUGGGGGACUCGAAGUGAUCAGAUCAAUAUAUACACUUGCAUGUACAUGACGUGUGAAUAUAUACAACAUGUCGAGUCAGGAGAAGUCAGCAGCGAGAGAUGAGAAAUCCCCUGUAGCAUUCUCAUUAUCGUGCCUGUGUUCACAACGAUGGCUACUGGCCUUCGUUGGCUUGUUUGCGGGCAUCAUGAUGAACGCCGCCCGUGUCAACCUCAGCGUCGCCAUCGUGUGCAUGGUCAACGACACCGACACCAAUUCUACGUCGUCGACAUCGGAGCAUGCCGAGUUUAACUGGUCCAAGGGAGAGCAGUCUGGAAUCCUCAGCUCGUACUUCUACGGCUACAUAGUGACACAGAUUCCCGCGGGAAUACUGGCGAGUAGAUAUGGCGGAAAGUACGUCCUGUUUAUCGGGAUGCUGAUUGGCUCGAUCGCCACACUGCUUCUACCAAUCGGCGCCCGGACUUCCAUCUACCUGGUGUAUGUGCUUCGUGUGAUUCUUGGCCUGGCACAGGGAGUAUUUUUUCCAUCCUUUCAAUCCAUGUGGGGCCAAUGGGCGCCACUACUAGAGAAGACAAAACUCACUGCUGUCUGUUACUCAGGACCUCAGUUUGGUAGCAUAGCAACGUUCGCUUUAUCGGGGUUCAUGUGCAUAUAUGGCUUCGAUAAUGGAUGGGGUUCCAUGUUCUAUGUUACAGGUGGUAUAUCGUUGUUAUGGUGCGGGCUGUGGUAUAUAACGGUCGCCAGCACACCGGCUCAGCACCCUCGUAUCACGGAGAGAGAGAGGAACUAUAUCAUCACCAGUAUAGGGAAACAACAACAGACGUUCUCGACCCCAUGGGCCGCCCUGCUGAAGUCACCGGCGCUGUGGGCGUGUCUAACUGCACACGUGUGUUGUAACUGGAUAAUAUACACACUACUGACCAUCAUACCAACAUUCCUUAAAGAGGUGCUGGAUUUCGACAUAGCCGAGAACGGCUUGCUGUCGUCCAUUCCCUACGUGAGCCAGGCAGUGUCCGGAAUGUUGACAGGUCAAGUGGCCGACUACAUCCGGUCAAGGAAAUACCUCAGCACGACGGCCACCCGAAAGAUCUUCCAGUCUAUAUCCUUCGUGGGGGCAGGUGCGUGUCUGAUCGGGACAGGGUUUGUGAACGUGGAGAACCGCUACGUCGCUGUAGUUUUGUUAACGAUAGCCAUGUGGUGUGUUGGGAUGGCAUCUGCUGGCUUCAUUGUCAACACUGUCGACUUCGCUCCAAGAUACGCUGGUAUACUGUUCGGUAUUUGUAACGCUGCUGCGACGGUCCCGGGGAUGGUGUCACCUCUCCUAGCCGGUGCCCUCACCCCAAACAAAACUCAGGAAGAAUGGCGGAACGUGUUCUACGUGUGUGCGGGAUUCUGUGCCCUGGGAACUUUGGUGUUCGCCACCCAGGCCCGGGGGGAACUGCAGCCGUGGGCCGUGGACCAGGUGGAGGUAGACGUGGGGGAAGGGCAGGAGGUCCCCGACGUUUCAGACAGAGCUCUGGAUACCAAGGGCACUUUUGACAAGAAGUCAACUACAGAUACGUCAACUCAUCUGUAACAGUUUUCAGUCUAACAUAACACAACAUACAUCGGUUAAAGGGAACCCCCUUUAACCGUAUCAUGGAUGCGUUGAUACAGAAGAUAUGUUAAACCAGACAAUUCUACAGGGAAUGGUACCGCACGGAAUAACUGUGAUUCCAUGAAUUCAAUGAUGAUUGCAAACUGUGAAAGGAAAAAGCGGCCAUUCACUAAAUACAACGGACAGACCAAUUGUAUGUUUUAAAUGUAGCUGACAGCGAUCUUAGUCUGCAAUCGCUUUGUGGAAGAGGAUGGCGAUUGUAGCCGAAGCCAAAGAUCGCGAUCGUCAACAUUUACAAUAAUUGUAGUGCUGAGAUUGUUCUGUGCAGGUGGACCCGGGAAUUGAAAUCACUACAUGAAACACCAUAACAUUCAUAGAUAGAUGUUACAUUGUUAAGCAGAAAGGCUUCAAGUAUCUCUAAUGAACAUGUAAAGUUAACGUGUUGAUAAUAUGGUGACCAAAUACGAAGAACGUGAAUGCAAAUUAAAAUACUAUCUUUCAAUAUAAGCACGUCUUGGAGAUUCUAAAACACAAAAUAUUCUCUUCAUUAAAAACAUUUUUUACACAUUUCUUACACAAUUGUUUUCUUAUGCAUACAUGUACGCUCCCACAUAGACGUCCAGACUUAGAUGACUCUACUGCUGAAGUGUACAAAUUAUUAUCUGGAAAGGGUUGCAGUCAAUCUCAUUCAAAAAUGUUUCAGCUUUGCAAAAUAUAUCCAAAGACGACAGACAUUUGCUCACAAGUCCAUUGACAUUCCAAGUAUCUAUAAGGAUGUAAAGAACUUGUUGUUGAUCUUGAUCGCUAUCACUGCACUGACUGUCCUCACAGUUGCUUACAUGAACUGGGUCAGCACGCCAAGACAUCGUUGUCGAUUAAAAUAGGUCCCUGUGAGAUAUCUAUCUAUGUCAUGGACUUGUCUUCAGAUGCA